UGUGGUGUGAAUACGCAGGUGUUGAGAAACUUCCAAACAGUGUGUUCUUCGACUGCUACGGCUCGCGUGCUCUAUAUAAUGCCCAGCGACUCCGUACACGGAUAUUAGAGGAAUCGAAAUGAAAUAAUUCACGCGAGUAAAUCUGAUCAGAUCGCUGAUUGGAGAUAUGGAAUGGCUGCAGCUCUUUUGUUUUAGGCACAAGAAUGACGCCUUCUUCACGGUGCUUGCAAUAUAGGUGUAUUUCUCCAUUUGGCCAGUACAGUUUACAAUCCCUUAACUUUCCAGAAGAGAACGACGAAGCUAUGGAGAAAGUCGCUACUGAGAACUCCAUCUGUGACUCAGACUCCACCGAUCCCCAACUCUCUCAUGCCGACUGUUUCAUGUCUGGAAAUGAGUCUUCUCUGAGCGCACAGGCUGACUACAAGGAUGUCUGCAGAGACAGAAAGACCAACUACAGAUCCGCACAGACCAGCUACAGCCCUUACCAGCCCCCGCUAGGUCUACCUUCUGGCUACAAUCCCCAGACGCCCUUUCCCAGUCAGACGGAAGCGUGUCUGAGCACCCUAGAGCCGCACCACAGAGACCUGCUCCACUCGAGCUCUGUAUGCAGCAGUUCGGUGAAAUAUCCCAGUUGCAACCUCCCCUCUUAUUUGGUGUCUGGAAAUUACUGCAGUUAUCCUGCCGAUUCCUGCUACUCUUGCUCUCCAGACGGGCACAGUCUGGGAGAGGGAAGUCUGGAACGGCCGCGUUCACUGCGCUCUAUCCCAACUGCGUUCGCACCUCACAGCUACGGCAUGCCUCCCCACCCCUGCGGCUCCCGAGGGCCGCCCUGCUGUAGUCAAUACCCUUUGGAUGUGUAUCAAAUGGAUCAGGGCUCUCAUUACAGGCCAAAUUACCACAUGCCCUGUUGGCCUUCACGCCCUGAAAACAGCAGACAAUCAGCUUCGGAGUUCACCUACAGUGGCCACACCUCUCCUCACCCGCGCGCUAAGCUAACCCCGAGCACAGCUCCUCUAUGCCUGGAGCAGAGGAAGGUGUUUGUUACUUAUGAAGCAGACAGUGAAAAACAUGUCAAAGAGAUCAUCAACUUUGUCGCCCUAUUGAGACACAACGGUUUCUACACUCACAUUGACAUGUUUGAACAACAGUUCAAGAGCAUAAGUAAAAUCGACUUCAUGGAGAGAUACAUCAGCGAAAAAGACUAUCUGAUAAUCAUAGUCAUUAGUCCGAAGUACCACGAGAUUGUGACCAAUGCCUCGUUUUUCAUGGAAAAUGAUGAAACGCUCAACACUGUCUACAUACACAAGCAGUUACAGAACGAGUUCAUUCAGAACGGUGCCAGGAAUUACAGAUUCAUCCCCAUCUUGUUUCCUGGUGCUAAGAAGUGCCACGUACCUUCAUGGCUUCAAAGCACACAAAUCUUCACCUGGCCCAGAGACCGUGAUGACAUUCUUCGUCGUCUCAUGCGUGUUGAGAAGUACAAUCCUCCACCCAUAGGAGAGCUGCCCACCAUUGUCUCCAUCCCCAUUUAGUUGGUUAGGUUUGUUUCUGUAUGUAGACCCGUGAUAUGUCAGUUAUAAACAAGCCUGGUAUCCUUUUUAAAUUUGUUUACUCCUCUAAACUACUAGAUGAGUUUUUAGUAUGUUAAAAUCCCUAAAGCUACUGCUAUAUGAUGUAAUCUCUGUAGAAAACACAUGUCAUAAUUAAUAUUUCACUACUCAUCAAUGAUAAAUAAGUCAGAUUGUGUCACGGCUGAAGAAGAACUGCAAAUAUGCAAUACAUAUGUAUCAAGUUCAUGAGUUACUUCAUGUUUUUUUGGAAGAUGGGUCACUGUUUUUCUUUAUUUUGUAGUAAGUUACCAAUUACAAUAAUGGGUUCGGUGGUUAUAUUCAAAACUUCAAAAAAUCUGCUUUCUGUUGGUCAUUGACACAAAUCCACAAGACCAACUUGAAGUCAUUGUGAAUUCUGCAUGGGGAAAUCUUUCUCUCCAUGCCAAGUUCUUGAUCUUGUGGAUUUCUAUUGAAAUCAGUUUGAAUGAAGUACGUUAAAUGGGACCACACCUGUGGACUUCACUCAUUAUAGUAGACCAGUAAUCUUCAAAGAGACAAACCUUUUUCACCAUGCUUCUUUGCUGUUGUGCGAACCUGAAAUAAUCCGGUACUACAAUGGCUUCACACUCUGUACAGAGUUUAUUAUAACAAACCACUUGUACAUUGUGCCUUAGAAUUUCCCUUUGAGUCAUUCGAAUUGUGCCAGCAGAAAGAAAAAAACAUUUAUGUUGUCAGUGCCAUAUGGAGAUUUCAUGGUCAUUCCUGUUCUUAGAUGAUCGUAGUCUGUAUUUAAGCCUUUUAAUUAAAAAAAAUAAUCCGGA